ACCGGCCCAUGAGGCGUCGUGAUUUCGCUUUGCAUUCGAAAGACACCUUUAUCAUCAUUUGGGGUCUGGAUCGCCUUGCGAUUGGGUUUGGCCAAACAAAUCCCUUCAUCAAUCUGUUGGCCGUGGGAUUUUCACUCCGGGAGCCCCAGUCAAUCGGGAGAAGACUCGAGGGUUGUGCCAGCCGUGGUGAUGGCGGCAACAUCAACAAAAACAGCAGCCAGAUCGGGACCGCCACCUUGGCAUUCAACAUGGCGAAGAGGCGUAGGCAUCAUAAUUGGCGGACUUGUGAUCCUCGUGUGCUUGCCAAAUGCCAAUGCUGCGACUCUCAAGACAGAUUGCAAACAUUUGGGAUUGGGAGCAUGCAGAGGACAAGGCUGGAGCGAAGGACAAUGGCCCAUUCAAGUGGGAGAUAAGACCCUAGGGGAGUGUUGCCAAACGUGCGCCACGACCAAAGGCUGCACCAGCUUCCAUUUGGCCAAGCCCAAGGGCAGCGCAGCCACUCGCCUUUGCCACCUGUUUGGCCAUUCUGAUGUAUCCCCAGCUGAAGCCCUCGGAGGCGAUUGCUACAUUCUUCCCGGUCUAAAUGAUCCCAAGGGUCGAAACGAUGAACAAGACGAUGAAGAUGACGAAGAGGAUGGUCCAUCCGAAGAAGAUUGCAAGAAGUUUGUCAACAAAGGGUGCCCCUCCUCAUCUUCCGGGAAGAGUUCGAAGACACCGCCAGCAAAAAAGAAUCCCAAAUCUCCAAAGAAAGAUGGAAAUGACAUGAUAGAAGAGAAGAUCCAAGAGAACGAAGCAAAGAAGAAAGAGACCGCUAAAGAAACGAAGAGGCAACAACAGAAGCCGCUUAAAGCGGGAAAAGUUGAUGGAGAUCAAAAGAAGGCAGUAGCUCCCAAGGGUGCCUCCACUAACCCAAAAUCGGUCAACUCUAAAGAACAACCGAAACAGAAAGAAGUAACCAAUUCAAAGACUACGAAUGAAGGCAAAACAACUCAAAAGUCUGGUAAAGAGACCCAAUCCGAGCCAAAAAUUGCGAAAAAGGAACAGAACGCAGUCAAAAAUGAAGUGGAUCCAAAGGGCAACAAGAAAGCAUCAAAGGAGUCUAACUCGAAAAAGUCCUCCAACCCUACCGAAAAGCCAAAGAAGCCAAAGAAAGUAAAGAAACCUAAGAUCAAGCUCCCCAAAGCCGAGAUCAAGUCCGUUCCAGAUGUUCAUAAAAUCCGUAAAGUGAAGCCUCCACAUACUUACAAUGGGAAGCAUCUCAUUGGGUUGGGGCAGGGGGGUUGUCGUGGGGAAGACUGGAAUGAAGCUCCUUGGCCAAAGUUCUUGGGCAGGCAAACAUUGCACAGGUGCGCUAGCAAGUGCUCCCAAGACCCCGAUUGUACAGCUAUUCAUGUGUUACGGAAAGCAGGCAAGACGUACGAAUGUCUGCAUUUUGAUGUGGAUCAUGACAAGAUCAUGGUCGUUCGAGGCCUGGGUGGUCAUUGCUACAAAUUGGAUAACGAAGUGCCAGAAGAGGAAGAUGAUGUCGAACCAGAUCCCAAUCCACCCGAGGAAGAAGAGGACUCUAUUGACGUGGAUGGAGACGAAAUCAUUCCCAUCACCGGUCCAGUUCAGCUUGUACAUUUGGGCCGGGGACUUUGUCGAGGAAAAGGUUGGAGCAAUAAAAUAUGGCCCAUCAUAAUGGCUCCAACGACUCAAAUCGACUGCGCCAAUAAAUGUGCCAUGCGAAAAGGUUGCACGGCCUUCGACAUCAGUAAAAAGAAGAAAAGUAGGUUCCAUUGUAUGCUAUAUGGACAUGUUCAUGUGACACCGGCGUCAGGAGUGCCUGGGGAGUGCUUCACUCUCAAAUCGCGCCUGGAGAAGGCUUUGGGGCGUAUUGUUGAAGUCGACCAAGUUGAAGAACAAGAGGAAAUAGCCAAGAGCAAAUCUAAAGGCGGUGGAGGACCCUACCCAUUCAGACACUUAGGCAAAGGUAUGUGUCGUGGAACUGAUUGGACGACCAAAAAAUGGCCAAAGUUGAGAGGACGAAGAACUUUACAAGGAUGUGCAGAUGCAUGUGGCAACAAUGGCGAUUGUACCGCUUUCGAUGUUUCCGAGAAAGAAGGAGACGACUUCAAUUGCAUCCUUUAUGGGCACACUUAUGUCAGGCCUGCUUCAGGAGUUCCAGGCAAUUGCUUCAAGUUAGGGCAUGAGAAAAAAGCUCAAACUGAAAACAACAAGGGUAAAACGAAUGCUAAGGAAGCCAAGAAGUCAUCGAUCCGAACUGCAUCUUCAAAAGUCAAAGACACGCACUCUAGAAAGAAUGCUGAAGGGAAACCCGACUCUUCCAAGGCCACAAAGCAAGCUUCUGCCAGUGCUUACGAACUUUUGGGCAAAGGGCUGUGCCGUGGUCCAAAAUGGCAAGGACGAUAUUGGCCUAAGGCAACGGAAGCCCAUUCCUUGGCAGAAUGUGCAGCAGCUUGCUCAUCAGUGAACGGUUGUACGGCAUUCGACAUUUCCCCAACACCAGACAAAGAGCAAGUUUGUUUCCUUUUCGGUCACAAAGACGUGAAACCUGCGUCUGGUCUCAAAGGGCAAUGUUACAAGAUGAUUUCCGUGAAUCAUGACAAGUACAAACUGUCUAAAAAGAAAUCUAGAGGAGACAAUCUCCCUCCACGUAAAGCCGAAGGAGUCAUCAGUCUCCUUGGGAAAGGAGCUUGUCGAGGAUCAGGUUGGCAAGAGGGCCGUUGGCCCAUACUGAAGGGGCCCCAGAGUGUGGAUUCUUGUGGCAAGGUCUGCCUUGCAACGCAAGGUUGUACUGGAUUCCACGCGGCACCGGCUUCGGGCAAGAACAUUGAUUGCAUUGUCUUCGGUCAUAAAAGUAUCAUUCCUGCGUCUGGGGUCCCGGGAGAUUGCUAUAUUGUCACCAUAAAGGAUGAUUCUUCCAGUUUGAAGCCCGCAUCCAAGAACACUAAGGCUAAUGCCACCAAGAAGAACGCUACAAAGAACCCCAAAAAGAGUACCAAAAUGAAUCCUCCCAAAAUUGUUGCCAACGAAAACGAGAGUGAAGAUGACGAGGAAUGGUUAAUCGAACUCCCUCCACCAGAAGUCCGAUCUCGAGAUCACAUCGAUACUAUUUUGGGUCUUGAUACAAAUAACAACGAGGGAUUGUACACCAAAAUCGAAGACACCUUAAAGCAAUUGAAGAAAGUCUACGAACAUUCUAUCAAGCCAUUGGAAACCACCUAUAAGUAUCGAGAACUCAGCAAUCGUCACUUUGGAGAUCCCGAAAUAUUCAACAAGCCUUUAGUUGUGUUGAUGGGUCCAUGGUCAGGCGGAAAAUCUACCAUGAUUAACUAUCUACUCGACACGGAGUUCACAAAGAACGCCUUCAAAGCCACUGCCGAACCGUCAAAAGGAUUUCAUUUCAACAUUGCAAUGCACGGUAGCCAAGAGGAAGAAGUUGAAGGCACAGAGUUGGCCGCCGAAUGGACAUUUUCUAGCCUCCAAAAGUUUGGUCAGGAGUUCUUGAAGAAGCUCAAAGGACGUAAAAUGCCGAGUAAGCUUCUCGAAAUGGCUACCUUUGCCGAAAUCCCAGGAGUCUUAGAGACAGGAUCGAAGAAGAGAAUAGAGCGGAAUUAUUCCUUCAAUGACGCAUGUCAAUGGUUCAUUGACCACGCCGAUCUGAUCCUGUUGGUCUACGACUACGCCAAAUUGGACAUUGGACCCGAGACUGAGGCUCUCCUGGAUCAACUGAAAGGCAGGGAGGGCCAAGUUAGAAUCAUUUUGAACAAAGCGGACGAGAUCACUGCUGAGGAGCUCUUGAAAAUCCAAAGCAGCUUGGUUUGGAACGUCUCACCUUUGAUGGCUAGUGUGGAGCCCCCAAUCAUGUAUGCCGGAUCGUUCUGGUCUCGUCCAUACAAAUCUGGAGCCCCUAAGAAACUACUUCGGGCGCAAGAAAACGCACUCCUGUCCGAUAUUAGAGAGGCAAUUGAUAAACGAGUGGAGAAUCGAAUUGCCACGGCACGCCGUUUUGCGGUUCGAGUACGAAAUCACGCCAAAAUGGUCGAUUGCUAUUUGACCAAUUAUUACAAUCAGAAGGGCUUGUUUUCCAACCAAGAGGCUAUUGCUCAAUCUAUCAUCAAUCAUCCCGAAAAGUUCCAUAUCUAUGAAGGCAUAAGUAGCAUGACGAAUAUCUCUCGCUACGACCUCCCUGACCCCGAAACCUAUCGUGUGUUCUUUAAUUUGCAUUCCUUGUACAAUUUCCCCACGUUGCAAUCAACAUGCACCUUCUUCAAAGGUUGCCCUAUCAACAAACUGGACACGGCCAUAGCUUACGAGCUACCCGAGCUCUUAACCGCCUACAAACGUCAGGCGAGUUCAACAUCAAAUGGACGUAACCACGCGUAAACCAAUCAUGAAGUCCAAUAUCGAAGGCACAAACACCUUCUCAUACAUACUGGAGACACUCCCCGCGGUGAUAUAGUCCGAAAAAAUGACACACAAAAUCAGAGUCUAUUGUUGCAAACGGGGAAAUCAAAGUCCCACUAUUGUUACUUAUAUGUUAUAAAUUCUAAUAAAUUCCCCUUAACCUA